AUGUCUCCGCUUCAGCUAUCCGUUUUCUGGCGUGUGUCGCUCGCCUUCUUCUUCAACUCGUUCCUCUUCUUCCUCGACAUUUUCUUGGACGUGGUGGUGGACGCGAAGUGUCAUGCCGGCAACGUCACUAGCCAAUCGGGAACCAAACGCGGAAGUAUGCUCCCGCGAAACCAAUCAGAAGUCGAGGAUCUUUUGGGAGACGAAUCUGAUUGGGUGACUAAAAGCGGCGACCGAGACUCAGUGUGUGGCUGGUCUUCAUGGUUGACCUACGGCCAAACGGUCUACAUGGUGGGUCUACUGCUUGGAUCGCUGGUGGGCGGAGCUCUGUCUGACAGGUACGGGAAGUGUCUGGUGCUGCUGUCCAGCGUGUACGUGCAGGCUGCGUGCGGCCUGUUGCCCGCCGUUCUCCCUCAACCGUUUCUCUUCCUUGCCGUUCGUUGCCUGGCGGGCGUUUGCUGCUGCUGCAUCAACAACUGCUCCUUCAGUCUGGCUGUGGAGUGGACCGCCCCCUCCGCCCGCCUCUGGCCGACCGCCUUUUUGGGCUUCUGCUUCAGUCUCGGGACAAUGGCCGGAGCUCUGCUGGCCUGGCUUAGUCCCACUUGGACACAGCUUCACCUGUCUCUCGCUCUGCCCCAGUUCAUCUGCCUGCCACUCUACCGUUCACUUGCAGAGUCUCCCAGCUGGUUGGCGUUAAUGGGGAGGACCGAUGUUCUGUUCCGCUACCGGGCGGGAAAUUCGGCCGACAAACAGUGUGUGGACAUGCUCCUGGGAUCAAACGUGGCGGAGAAGCAGAAAGCCGCCGAGGCUCAGAAAGGUCAAACGACAAGUGGCCUGCUCCCCUUCAAACAUCCCACGGUCCUGCUGCGGCUGUCCGUCAUGAGCUAUCUGGGUGCUGCGACGGCGUUGACAUACUACGGCAUCUGUAUGAACAUCGGCUCCUUCGGCGUGAACGUCUACUUGGCCCAGUUCUUCUCCGGCCUUUCCGAGACUCCCUGCCUGCUCAUCCCGCUGGUCCGCCUGGAUCGGCGUCCCAGCAGCAUGCUGACUCUGUUUCUGAGCGGCGCCGCCUGCUUUCUGUCUUUGCUGCUCUCCAGACAACAAUGUGACGCAAUGCUCGUGAUGAGCUUGGCACUGCUGGGCAAAUUCUGCAUCAUAGCCACAAUCUUCAUCUUCAGUCUGUAUAGCAUUGAGCUGUUUCCCACCGUGGUCAGGCAGCGUUGCAUGUCACUGGUCAACUUGUGGUUCCGGCUCGGUUGUCUGGUGAGCACUCUGUUCCCGCCCGACCCUGAGGGAGCCAUCUCGCUGGCCGCCAUGCUCCUCUACGGCGGCGGGCCAAUCAUUGGCUGCGGAUUGUGUCUACUGCUUCCGGAGACCAUCGGCAUCCCGCUUCCUGACUCUGUGGACGACUGUCUCAGGGCAACGCAACACCCCGUCAAAAGGCCGAGGAAGCUGCAAAGCCAGAUGGCUGUCGUUGGCGGAUCAGAGUGAAGGCGCAAACACACAACAGCU